UGUCAAGCCCUCGUCCAGCUUAGCUCUGAAUCACUCGUUUCGAUUCCUUCUAAGAGUUCAAAUCAAAUUGUUAAAAAUCGAAAUUAUAAAAAAAAUACUAACGUGAAAUAUUUUAGGAUAUAUGUAUAUUUUCUUUCCAUAUUAAAGUUCGUUGAUGAAAUAUGUACUUCAAGAUUUACUUCGAAGGAGCAAGUACGGUCGGCCGGGUGCCGUUGGUUAGAGUCCGAGAUGAAGCAUCGAUUUUCGACUUAAAAACGCUUAUGGAAAAGCGGAUUGGGGUUCCUGUGAAGCGUCAGCGAAUGCUAUUAAGCCAUUCAAAAUUGUCCGACGACCUUAUGUUAUCAGAUGUCUCACGGCUGUGCCAGAUCAGCAUGCAGGACAACGAUCCUGCCUGCAUCGAACUGUUCGAUGACACCAAACCCGUGUGCAGAUUGUGUUACAUCGAAGAUAUCGGGUGCGGCUCCCCUGAGAUGUCCAUGGAGGUGGACAUAGAUAUGGACAUCGAACUGCCUCUAGGAAGCUCUGCAAACCAGUCUAUUGCGAUGCCACGUUCCAGCGAUCCUGACUGUAACCUCAUUCUGGGUGACGAUUGUUCUUCGGGGGCUUGCUGCAGCACCGCAGAGGCUAGUACCGAGAGCAGCACGGCCAGCAGCGGAGACACCAAUGCCUCAAGCAGCGAGGGAUCCAAAGGAAGCAACGUCCGCGCACUACGGAAGAAGUUCUGCUGCCCCCCUCUUGAGGUGGAUGAGGACAAGAAAUGUCCGCACAAAUGUGAUAUCCAUUGCUGCAAAAACUGCGGUCGUCCGCCCUACGCCAAUGUUCUGCCUGAAUACCGUAAAUAUGCGGUUAUGAUUGUGAACGAGGAAGACCCAUGUAACUGUGACUUCAAGUGCAUUUUGAUUUUCCUAGCGGAACAGUUCCAGUUCUCGGAAGAUCCAAAUUCCUUGAAUUUCAGCCAGUGUAUGCCUGCCGAUGUGUUCGACUAUACCCUUAUGAUUGUUUGUGAAGGUGCAGACACCCAAGAAUGGAUCUUACAUGCUGCCCGGCCCAUGUGCCCCCCUUAUAGGUGCGAAUCCUUUUUAAAACACUACGAAUUUGUUAGGUGUGCCUUUGUCCUUCCUUUGAUCGUGAAGCGGGACCUGUGCCGCAUUUUUAGAGUUAUUGAAAAACAGAAUUGUGGGCUGGACACCAGCAAGUGGUGCGUCAUGUCCCAGGUGACAUUGGAUCCCUGUUCGAAGGAGUACGACAGAAAGGUUGUCUUUAGGGGCUGUCAGAACAACGAGCUCACAGUCUACAUAGAUGAAGAUAGCGUCGCUUUUCUCGCAAAGCAAUGCAACAAGCUGAAAUACAUGCUGUGGCACCUUCCCGUCGACUUCUGCACCCUAGCGGAGUGCAUGUAAAUCCUAAAGACGUCUGUAAAACUCCACAUUUUUAUAUGCAAAAUUAUGUUACAUCACGACCAGGACUGCUACAAAGUUUCUAGAUGAAUGGGGUGGCAAACGUAGUCCCAAAAGCUUAAGGCCAUCAGGCGCCUUUUAACUGCAGGCAGUGCAAGUGGCCCAUUUGGCCUGUAGGCCUUCUCACGAGAUAGAAAGGGGCUCAGCAGCCAGGAAGGCUGAGGAAAACAGAAUGUGGAAACAGUUUCCACUCAGGAGAUAUGUUUACCGUGUGCAGAUGUGCGAGAAGCUCUGGUAACUCGUCUAAUUUCGGUCUGCCUGGCUGGGUCUUUGAGUGCGACGGCAACGGGCACGACAAGCCCACUUUAGUCCACUUGACGAGGGGACAUUACCAUCCAACCACCCUACAGUUAGACCUCUUGCAUCACUCAUAACUCGUAUUAGUUUAUCCGCCCUGAAGCCAAGUUUAUUAUAAUAUUUUUUAGACAUCAAUGCACCAUGUAUUGCAAUCAUGUAAUAAUUUAUUAAUAAUAAUAAAGUU